AUGUGCCGCAUGACGAAUGCUACAAGUUCUGCACAUCUGCCGACGUGCGGCCAAAGUGAUGUGCGGGACCUCCUCGCCAGCUGCGAGGUUGACAUUUCCCUGCUUCAGAGGCAUGCUGCCCACGAUGCCGCAAUUUCUGAGAAGCUGGCCGAGUUCCUGCAAGAGCGUGCUGAGCAGAGCGCAAACAGCCUGGAGGAGGAACUCGAGCGGGACGGUGACAUUCUGUCCUGCUGGCAGCUGCUGGGCUGUGGGGUCGGCUUAACAAGCCCAGACCAGCGGAAAUCUACGGAUGGAUACCGGCCACAGGAGCGAGGUGCUAUGCUUCUCGCUGCGGAGAAGCUGAUACCAGCAGCUUGGCUCGUGUUCCUUUCAAGAGAGCCACAUGGAUUUUGGCGCCGUGGGUUCGGCAGCGCCCAGCACGCGAGCCCGACCUUGCGGAAAGCGCUCCACUCCACAUCAUGUGAAGAACCACAACCAUGA